UAAUUUAAAUCGAAUUGGUUGCCUGGGUUGCCUAGCUCCCGUUUACUUUCGAAUUUUCAAUCACCGUAAUGGAGGGAAUUUUGGGAGAGCUUGUGGACAUCAAACUCGAACCGGAGGACCCGGUGGACUAUCCCCUGCCGGAAGAAGACGUUGUGGCCACCCCGCUGGACAUCGACAUCCCGACCGACAGCCAGCGGGUGAACCAGUUCUGUCGGUUAUGCCUGCGGGAGCUUCCCACCCUGUUCCCUUUGGCAUCUCGCGUCCAGAACGUAAUGAUACCGGAAAUGAUCGCGGCCGUUACCGGGAUCAAUAUCAAUAUGCGGGACAAUUUGCCGAAAAAGGUCUGCAUUAAGUGUCUGGUGAAGCUGGAUUACGCUUACCAUAUUCGGCAGGAAUACGUGGAAAAUAAUAAGACGUUAAAGAUUUUGUCCAAGUCUAAGAUCAUCAAGUUGUGGGAAUGUUUGACGGAUUACCAGAGAGGGGUCCGAGCGAAGACUGAGACAAGGUCAGAGAAACUUCUUCGGGAAAAUAAAGAUAUCAUAAGGAUGCGGUUGAUCAGAAAGGAAGAGCAAUUGUCAAAGAUGACAGGGGAGGAACUGGCAAACGUUGAUCUCCCAAAGACUAUACCUGCUGGAAAUUCGAAGGAAUCUAGCGAGGUAAUUGUAGACCUAGAACCGACUGAGACAUUGAAAGAAAACAUUGAGCAAGAAAAGCAAACAUCCAAUACCAUGGAAAGCUCCGAAGUAUGGGAAAUAGAAUCAGAAGAAGAAGAUGGGUCCAAUGAUCGAACUGAAACAAAUGAGAAGGAAACCGCUGAAAAAAGCAUUCCGGAAGGAUAUAGAAGAAUCCUCAAUUUCCUAGUGGAAGUUAAAGAAACGGAUGUCGACCCGAACAAGUGCUACAUUUGCCAGGAACAGUUUGCCGAUGUCACCGAUCUUGAGCUGCAUUUCCCCACUCACCGGGAAAUGGUUCCGUACAGUUGCAAAGAGUGCAAAGGAACGGUCAUAGACCCGAUAAGUAUUUCCACGGUCAUUAUGCUGCAUCGCCAUGUCAAGAUGCACGCGGGUACUACCAAAUGUCCGGAAUGUCCGUACCGGUGUUUCCAAUCAGCCAGUAUGUACAACCAUUUGAAGCGAUAUCACUUGCAGGAUCCUAAUGCCGACUGCACGUGCAAAACUUGCGGGGCCAAGGUCAAGAACAAGAAAUCGCUGGAAAACCACAUGCGCAUGCAUAAAGCUGUCGAGGAAGGCCGGUUUACGUGUUCGUUCUGUGCGAAGAAAUUUGCAACGAGUGCUCGCUUGGUACGCCACGAACGGAUCCACACCAAUGAGAGACCGUUCGCGUGUCGUUACUGCAGUAAGGGUUUCACCAAUAAAACAUCUUUUCAGGCCCACGAGCGCUCCCACACCGGAGUUCGGGGCUACCGUUGUGAAGAGUGCGGUAAAAGUCAUCGCACUAGAACCGAAUUGAACAUGCAUUUGUCGACGACGCACAAAAUUAUGAAAAGACCUAAUGCUACCAACAAAGAAAAGUAUGUAACGUCUGAAACGUCGCUGAAAUGCACUGUGGAAGGUUGCGAUUUUGAGACGAAAAAUCGCUCAAAGUAUUAUCAACACAAAGCGGGGCACACAUUGAACUUCCACUGUCCCUAUUGCGAACUUCGAUUUCCGACCAAGCAACGUUUAGAAUCGCACGAAUUUGUCCACACUAAGUUGAAGCGAUUCUGUUGCGAACUUUGCGGCAAAAGUUUUCGGUUCAGGAACAGUUUUGUCGAUCACAUGGCCAAUCACAACAACAUCCGGGCGCAUACCUGUGGUGUUUGUAAUUUAUCAUUCGUCCGGGAGCGUAAUCUGAAGGAACACAUGAAGAAACACUCGGACACAUUAGAUUAUGCGUGUCGUCACUGCGGCAAAAAGUUCCGGUAUCGAGCUGAUCUCUCGAAACAUGAAAGGACUCAUCCAACCGAGACAACGUUGACCAAAGAGGAGGUUGAUUUGGUUUGUUCGGACGACAUGGACCUGAUCGCCGAGGAAUGUGAUGAAGAAGGCAUCCUGGUGGAAUAUCUAGACGAGUAAGGUAAGCAAAACUGAGCGUGUAUUGAUGCUUACAUAUAUGGCUACAUAUAUGGGUAAAUUUGGAUACACGAACUAUGAGAGGAAGAUCCUGACACCUAUUCAAAUGAUUUUGAAAGAUACGUCAAUUUGAGGUAAUUCACUACUUCGGCAUCAUUCCUCUUUUCUUUGCAACUACAUUCAUAGUACUAUUCUAUCAAACAAAUAAUGGUUUAUUAGCAUCAAUCUGAUAGGAUUUUGAAGAUUUAUAAUCAAUGAAUAUUGUCAGAUUUAUUAACAAUGCUAUAAUGCAGUACUAAAUACAGUUUCACGAUUACAUUCAAAAAAAGAUGUUAGUGAUUAAAUUUUGUACGUUUUCAUGAAAUUAUCGAUAUGUCGAACAAAAAAAAACCUAACCUAUAA